AUGCCCUCACUUCGCUCCUUCUAUGUGCUUAGAUCAGACCUGGAUGUUGCACUAUUUUCUCGUUUUAGAUUGUUAACUGCGCUAAAUCUUUGGUACGUUCAGGCAUGUAAACUGCCUAGUGCAGUGGCUAAUCUUCGUAAUCUGCAGUACCUUGGCAUACGCUCCACCUACAUUGAAGAACUACCGAAAGAACUGGGGAGACUACGUGAUUUGCAAACUUUAGAUGCCAAAUGGUCCAGUAUCAAGGUAUUACCAAGUAGCAUAACCAAACUGAAGAACCUCCGGCACCUGAUAUUAUUUACACGUGGAACCACAGAUUUUAUGGAACCUGAACCUGGUACAGCAGUUUCUCUUCCAGAUGGUCUUGAAAAUCUCAAAUGCCUGCAGACUCUUAAAUAUGUUCAAGCUGAUCAGAAGGUGGUCAAAUCCUUAGAAAGCUUGGAACAGAUGAGGAGCUUAGAGCUAUCUGGAGUAGACCAGAGAAUUCUUAUCGAUUUGCCCUUAGCACUAUCCAAAAUGAGCUGCCUUCUGCGCUUGGGAAUAAUCAAUUCCGAUGCUAAUGUAACAUGGGACUUGGAGCCAUUUUCUCCAGCACCAGUGAAGCUAAAAACCCUCAACUUAACUGGAAAGUUGGCAAGGGAUAAGUUACCAUCGUGGUUUGGUUCUCUUACCAACCUCAUACAUUUGCAUUUGCAUUCAUCUGAACUUGGAGAAGAUUCAAUUGCGCUACUCUCGUCACUUCCCAGUCUGUUGCACCUUAGUCUCAUCAAUGCAUGCAACGAGAGAAGCUUGACCUUUCCGGCAGGUUGUUUUCCAGUCCUUAGACAACUAAACCUACAGGGAUUGCCUAACCUUACCAGCAUAGAAUUUCAAAAGGACAGCCUUGCAGAUUUACGUCUGCUGACGCUUGGUCUAUGUCUUGAACUCACCGAGAUACCCCGAAGCAUCGAGAACCUCAUACAUCUGGAAAAUGUGGAGUUGUUUCAGAUGCCAAGUAAGUUCAUAGAGAAGAUACCAUAUGGGAAAGGUCACGGGGUAAAUCAUCAAGAUGGUCAGCGUAUUACAGUUGUAAAGAACUUCUGGCAUAAUGCACGAUUGUUGGAGCAAAAAAUUUAUAUCAACCUAUCAAAUGUUCAAGAGUCUUUCAAGACGGAUGCAGUCACAUUACCAGUGGGGUCACUCAACUCGUCAAAGUUUCACAAAUGGCUUUAG